UUUAAAAAAUUAAAAAUAUCAUUAAUUAAACUAGUGCAUUGACAAAUGAACCGAUCAAACUGAGACAUUUAAAUAAAAACAUAGAGAGUAUCACUAUUCUACUAUCUCAACCUUAACUAUUCGUGUUGCAUCUUAGCAGAGGACCUACGAGAGUUCAAGAGUAUUUUUAAAUGAUUCUUGAACGUAUAGAGUAAAAAAAAUACAAAGUAGUAUUUAAAAAUUAAUAAAAGUUAAAAAAGAAACUAAUAGUCAUAGAACAGUUCCACUCACAUCAUACUCCGUAUAAAAAGCCGAGCGUCCGCCAACACCCACAUAAACUAAAGCUUGUUUACAAACUCUAUAAACCCAUUCAUUCCCUUCUUCCUGGAAUAACCCACUACACCACCAAAACUAUCACCAAAAUGCCGAGUAUUUUCAGGAAUCACUUCCACCUUUGCUUCUCCAAAAUCAAGUGUUUACCAACCUCUCUCUCCGCUCCAUUAACCCUUGACGAUGACGACGACAACGACGACAAAUACUUUGAUCACAUUCCUAACAACCUCAUUACCAUCAACAACCACCCUCAUCCAUCAUCAUCCAUACUUAACAACUUCAAUAUCGUUUUCGACAACCCCUCCACCUCCUCAUCGUCGAGUGCGGCCACUACAUCCAUCUUCCUAGAUAAUAACCUAUCCUCCUCUUUCUCCAACUCUUCAGCCACUGCCACUGCCACUGACGAAUGUCCUGAUCUUUCUGCUAUAUUUGCCUCACAGCGGUUGUUUGUCUCCACCCCUGGCCUUUCCAACUCCAUAUUGGAAUCCCCUUCUUUCGACGAUCAUCAGAAGCAGGAGAAGCUAGUGGGCGGGGGAGUCCCGAUAAAAAAGGACUCCCCCGACCCUUACAGUGACUUCAGGAGGUCAAUGCAGGAGAUGAUUGAAGCUAGAAAGAUUGAAAUGAAGAGAAAUAAUCAACAUAAUCUAGUAGCAUUAAAUAGUGAUGGUGACGAAGAUGCAAAUGACGAAAGUGAUGAUUUGUCGGAGUAUUUAAAAGAGCUUCUCCUUUGUUAUCUCAACUUAAAUCCUAAACAUACUCAUAAAUUCAUUAUUGAAGCUUUUGCUGAUCUUCUUGUGUCUCUAAUGCCGCCCCCGCCUCUGCCCCACCGCAACGAUACGGGUUAGAGCAGGCUGCGGUUGUUGCAAGCUUACUUGUAACUUCGGGGGAUUGCCUUUUUGGUAGGACUAUACUAGAUGAUUAGCUACUAGAGUUGAGCUCAUCAAAUCCCCAAAUUAUAUGUGUGUACAUUGAUUGGUUGGAGUAGAUUAUGCUUCAAACAUUGUUGUAUGAUAUUGUAUGAUUUUAUGAUGUAUGUUGGUGAAAUGAAAU